CAAAGCAUGCUUUGCCUUUUCUGCGUGUAGCGCGCAUGCAGGUGCAGAUCUCGUGAGCGCGAAGGCUUUGAUUUUCCCAGACGAUUACAAAGCACCUAAUUUUUUACUGGUUGUAUUAAGUGUCUGGAGUUUGUUGCCUAGCAGCCUUAAAAUGUCUCCUGAUUGGUUGAUAGCUCGCACUCACUCCAGCGCGUUAAAAUGCUCGUGAAAGGUGCACGAGCGCGCGCGCUCUUCUUCACAACUGUUCCGAACUCUCCUGAACCUGAGAAACCUUGAGCUGCAUCGCCUCUUCGGUGCGAACAUUUCGGAGCCGAACAGAACUAAUACUGUACAUGAUGUUGUUCAGUUUAUCGACAGAGGAUCCGCAUUUUUUGAAGUAGGAAGUGAGUGAAGAGACAGAUGGAUCCAGCUCACCUCAUACAAGCGCGCGCGAGCUUCCAGUGUAGGUUUAUAAGCUGAAGGGCUCACGUAACUCAGAGCAUCAUGAUCACGGAUUCAUCAAGUCCGGCGGAGUUUUAUGAGGACAACGCUUCGCUGUUGUCCUUGGACUCGAGUGUUUUCUUCAGCGAGCCUGCGCUUCCGACUGACGAUCCACUGGAGUUCUUCAUUAUAAAUGUGGGAGGAAGCCGCUACAUCCUCUCUCAGGAACUGUUGGCCUCUCAUCCAGAAACUCGUCUAGGAAAACUGGCCCUUUCCAGUCGAGACUCUGCUUUGGAUCUGUGCGACGAUGCCGAUUUCCUGGAAAACGAGUACUUUUUUGACCGCAACUCACAGACCUUUCAGUACAUUAUGAACUUUUACAAAACAGGCCACUUGCAUGUGAGAGAGGAGUUGUGUGUGAUCUCGUUCCUUCAGGAAAUCGAGUACUGGGGCAUCGAUGAGCUUCGUAUUGACAGCUGUUGUCGGGACAAGUACUACCGCAGGAAGGAAAUGAAGGAGUCUUUGGAUAUUCGCAAAGAUGCUGACGUCAUGGACAAGGAGGAGGAGGACUUUACUGGUGUUUUGUGCCAGGAUUUACGCCAGCGUCUAUGGGACAUCAUGGAGAACCCGGAUUCCUCCAAGGCGGCCAAGACGUUUGGGACGCUCUCCAUGUUUUUCGUGGUGGUGUCCAUCGUGAACAUGGCUUUGAUCUCGCUGGACUUCUCUGUAAUUGGUGCACCCAUCAUCUUGGACAUUCUUGAGUACAUUUGCAUCAUUUGGUUCACCGGAGAGCUGGUGCUCAGGUUCUUGUGUGUUAGAGAUAAAUGUAAGUUCAGCAGGAGCGUGGUGAAUAUCAUUGACCUGCUGGCCAUUCUGCCCUUCUAUGUGACUCUGGCAGUGGAGAGCCUGCAUGGAGAAUCGACAGAGCUGGAAAACGUAGGACGGGUCGUUCAGGUGCUGCGGCUGAUGAGGUCGCUGAGGAUGCUGAAACUCGGACGACACUCCACAGGUCUCAAGUCUUUGGGCUUGACGAUUGCCCAGUGCUAUGAGGAAGUUGGUCUCCUGAUGCUGUUCCUAUCUGUGGGCAUCUCCAUCUUCGCCACUCUGGAAUACGCUAUUGAACAUGACACGCCAGAAACCACCUUCACCAAUGUCCCCAGUGCCUGGUGGUGGGCUACCACAUCCAUGACCACGGUAGGGUAUGGAGACAUCCGUCCAGACACGGCUGUUGGAAAGGUGAUGGCCUUUAUCUGCAUCCUAUCAGGGAUCCUUAUCCUGGCGCUGCCCAUCGCCAUCAUCAAUGACCGAUUCUCCGCCUGCUACUUCACUCUUAAAAUGAAGGAAGCUGCACUGAGGCAUGGGGAGGUGCUGAAGAGACUGACCCGCAGCUCAGCCUCAGAUAUGUCGGCGAUAGGGGUGAACCUGCGGGACGUCUAUGCCAGAAGUGUGCUGGAGAUGCUGCGGUUGCAGGGCAGAGAGCGAGCCAGCACACGCAGCAGUGCAGGAGAUCUCUGGUGGUAACAGUAGGUCUGCAGCAUGCUGGUGCAGAAAGAGAUACUGAAGUUUUUUUACAGACCACUCUCAUAUGACAAGGAAUCAAAAUGUGUUUGCUGAAAUAGGAAAUCAUAUCGCAACUUGCCUCAAACCAUAAUUUUUAAAAAAAUUACUGCAAAAAACUCUGAAAUGCUCAUGUUUCUGGCGUCAUGCCACUGAUAAUAAUUCCUAACACUGUGUCCUAACUACAUGCGAUUCAAUGCCGCAACAUGCAAUAAUAGCAACUCAGGCUCAUUGUGGAUACAUACCAAGGCCUAAAUUGCUGUGAAACCACAAAUAUGUACUUGGGGCUAUGUCAAGCUGCAUUUUGUGUGUGAAACGAACGAUAUGGGGUGGUAUGAGGCCACAAACAACUUAUUUUCUUUUUCACCCUAUUGAUCACUUACCUCCAUAUGGACUGCUUUUCUGGGGUUACCAGUUUGCUCAGUAGCUCGCCACGUACACCAAUGGACUUGGGAUGCAUAGCGGAGUGGACCAUAGCAGGGUUUGUGUGUUCAGGGUUUCAGAAACCAGGUUAAACAAAAGCAAAAAAUAUAUACAUAUCAGGUUGAAAAAGAUGGUAAAAUCACCAGGCCGCAAUGGCUUUUCUUUUCUAGAUUGCUUUUUAAACACUAUUAGUUGGGUCAGUCCACAGCAAGCUGAUUGGUUAAAAUGUACAUUGCAGCCUCUGGUGGGUUUAAAAGAGAAGAGGAUGCACAAAUGGCAGGUAUGAGAGAAAUUUGAGAUCAUCAAAAAUGUACACAGUGGAUGGAUUUACGAAAACAAAAACUGAAAGCAGACGUAACUCUGGGUACAUAUUUCACGGUUCCCAGAAAUCUAGACCUGGGUACUUAUCCACAAUAAGCCUGGGUUGAAUAAAAGCUAUCUUUUCCAUGUAAAAGCUAGUUUUUUCACUAACCCUUUCUAUUUUAGAAAUGCCUUUUCUAUGCUGCUGGAAUCCAUCACAUAGAACAUUCAUUCAUUCAUUUUUUUUUCGGCUUACUCCCUUUAUUAAUCUGGGGUCAACACAGCAGAA